UAUCAUGUUUUCAGAUCAUCCAUGGAUCAAAGAGGAUGGAGAAGCACCUGACACACCACUGGAUAAUGCUGUUCUUGACAGGCUCAAACAGUUCAGGGCUAUGAACAAAUUCAAAAAAGCUGCACUUCGGGUUAUUGCUGGUUGCCUGUCCGAGGAAGAAAUAAUGGGAUUGAAAGUAAUGUUUAAAGGUAUGGAUACUGACAACAACGGUACAAUAACUCUAGAAGAGCUAAAGCAGGGACUGGCAAAGCAAGGGACAAAGUUAUCAGAAUAUGAAGUUAAACAAUUGAUGGAAGCAGCCGAUGCUGAUGGGAAUGGAACGAUUGAUUAUGAAGAAUUCAUUACAGCAACAAUGCAUAUGAACAGAAUGGACAGAGAAGAGCAUCUUUACACUGCCUUCCAAUACUUUGAUAAAGAUCAUAGCGGGUAUAUUACAAUAGAAGAACUCGAGCAAGCUCUUCGAGAGUUUGGAAUGAAUGAUGGGAAGGACAUAAAGGAAAUAAUUUCAGAAGUUGACGCUGAUAAU